GGCCAGACAGCAAACACCUAUAAAACUAAAACUGGUAUGUCAUGUAUCCUCUGCCCUCCUGGAUACUAUCACAUAAAGGAUUGUGAAAUGCCCGGUACGAUUGCUGUGUGCAGGCCAUGUCCAGCGGGAACUUUUUCAAACACGUUCAACAGAGCUAUACACUGCGCCGCCUGCAUGCCUCACUGCGAGUCGGAUGUCCUUGACACGGUUCAAGAGUGUAACGCCACUAUGGACAUGGUAUGUGAUUGUCCGCCCGGAAAAAUUCUUGAAAACCCCAUGGACAAAUUCCACGCUAAAUGUAAGCCUUUCAUAGGCUGUGAACUAGGAUCGGGAGUGAUUGAUCAAGGUACGCCAGGUCAUGAGCCAGUCUGCGCAAAGUGCAGACCAGGUAUAACUUUUUCCCCGGAAGUGUCAUGGCAUGAACCUUGCUACCCAUGCACGCGAUGCCCGAACGAUGACGUGUUGCAGGGAUGCAACACAACACACGACAGCAUUUGUAAUUUGCCGAGACCAUCCUGGCGUGUGAUUGCCGCAAUACCUUCUAUAGUUGUUAACUGUGUUUUCAUGCUGGCUAUACUGUUUAUAGCAAUAGUAAUAUAUAUAAGAUGGAUUCGAAAAAAGAAACAUGAACUAAAAAUUGAUGAAGAGGAAUGUAGACCGUUGAGUCCUGUUUCUAGCAACAGAAGCAGUGAUUCCGGUUUGGACAAAAUUUCUGAACAAACAGAAAUGGAGACGUUAGGUACUAACUGGGGACCUAUAUUCCGGAUGGUAUCCAGACAUAUAACAGGCAACUGGAAGGAUGUGAUACGGAGUUUGUUUCAUGCCAUAGACGUUGACGACUGUGAUACAAUCAUUCAGGAACAACAAAAUAACAGCCUAUCUAAUACGGAACAGAUUUACCAGUGCCUUUUAAAAUGGCAACAACAAGGGAGAUCUCAUUCGACAGACAUCCUGGUCCAAAUCCUAACCGAGAGAUCCUACCAUGAACUUGUGCGAAAAAUGCGAGCUGAUUUUCAGUCAGAAUUCACAACGAAUCCUGACACAACCUGAAAAAAGCCAUAGUUAUAUUUGGUCAACCAAAUUCUUCUAAUCAAAUGGAAGACUUGUCCCCAAUUUCAAGGGAUCAUUUGAUGGUCGGGUGGUUUAGUGGGUAGAGCACUCGUCUUUCUACGACAUGGGCGGAAGUUGAUUCCUCGUUUGCUUGUUGAAUAUCAAAAUCGAUAUCGGUUUCAUCGAAAUGUUUCAUACAUUUUAUCCAAGGGCAGAUGUACUUGGUUAAAUGAUAUGUACACAUUCUAUAAAUAGCUGUAAGGAAUUUCCACAAAAGCAUUUAAAAUCUAGGUGUAGUACAUAAGCUAUAACCCGAUGUACAGUAUGUAACGUUGAUCUCUUUUGGGUGUCAUAAUACCUUCUGCCUUUCCUUAUACGAGCUUCAAUCAAAAUUAAAUGACAAAUUGUCCUUUCAUUUGUCUUAGGUGCAAGGUGCGUUUCAUCUGCUGUUAAUUUAUAUAACAUAUAGAAUGUAGUUCUAAACGGGAAUAUGUGAAGACUACAUUAUAUCUGUUGAGUACAUCAUAGUUAUGUAUAUGUCAGUGUUUUCCUUAAUUGCCAAGUCACAUGUACCCCGAGGUAAAUAUUUUCAUCCUAAUGUAUGUAUAAUGACUUAGUUGUUACGAUUUUAGAUUUUCUUUACCCUUUUCUCUUGAAUUGCUAUCGAUCUUUUAAUGUGAUAGUAUUUCAGAAAAAAAAAAUCUCUUCUUUUACUUGUUUUAUGUGAUUGAUCUGAGAAGUUAAUACUAACUCAUUGUCUUAAGAUCUGGAAAAUCCUAUUGACUCAAACUUUCUAACUUUUUGUAAAAUUGUAUAUGAAACUUAAUGACAAUAAGUAAAGUUGAUCUAAACAGAUGUAAUACUAUCGUUCUUUUUGUAUAUCACUUAUCUGCUUCAUUUAAACCGUCCUUAAGGAUGUACACUUCUGAGGUUUCAGUCACG